AUGGAGCACACACACUCAACGCUCCUCCCCCGCAUGGCCGGCAUGGAUAUGUCCUCGUCAGCGACUAAUGCUUCCUGCUCUGUCGAGAUGCUCUGGAACUGGAAAGUGAUCGACUCAUGCUUUCUUUCAUCGACAUGGCACGUCACUACAAAAGGCAUGUUUGCCGUCUCCUGCAUCGGCGUUGCGCUCCUGGGGGUCGCGCUCGAGUUCCUGCGGCGCGUAUCCAAGGAUUACGAAGAGAGCCUGCAGCGGCAGUUUCAGCGGCAUGCGAUUGCGCAGCUUGACGACCCGCUGGUGUGCGGUGUGCCCGCCAGUGUGGUCACCUACCGAGCGAGCCCGCUGCAGCAAAUUAUCCGGGCGGUACUGCAUGUAGCGCAGUUCGGGGUGGCAUAUAUCACCAUGCUGAUCGCGAUGUAUUACAACGGGUACAUGAUCAUCUCGAUCUUUAUCGGUGCGUUCUUGGGCAAACUCUUCUUCGACUGGGGGCAAUAUAAGGUCGUGCUGGGGCAGACGCAGGGACCUGCAGCGGCUAAGGUCGAGGAGGAAGCGACCAAGUGUUGUGGCUAG